AUGGCCAGUCCUCACCUGGGAUCAUAUAUUCCGCGCUUUCAUAUGGAGAAAAAAUCUGUGCUCGAUACUACGGAAAAUCAGCGUUGUGGACCUCAUCCCAUCGAUCUCUAUCUGACCGAACUGUUAACCCAGAUGGAGCAAAACGGAUCGAAUAGCCUGAGUGAUAAACUGGCUUACGACCAGAUUCUGGUUGCAUUUACAGCCAUGCAUGACUACCAUCCGGUCUACUACUUGAGAAUGUUGCGAGCCAUUCGGGACUGGAAUCGGUGUCGCGCCUCCAGUGGUCUUCAGUGA